AUGCAGAAUGAUAUGGAUGAAAUGCAGUUAGAGAUGAGAAGAAAAGACAAUAGUUUAAAUGUUACUUUAACUGAAAGAGAGAGAGCUGAACAACUACUAAGAGCUAAAGAAGACAAUCAGCAGCAUGAGAAGCUGGUAAUGAGAGAAGAGAUUAUAACUCUAAAGAAAGCUAAAGAUAGAUUGGAACUAGAGGGAGCUAGAAAAAAUAGCCAGCUGCUGGAAGCCAAGACUGAGGUAGACAAAAGCUCAACUGCUCUUCGUAACGCUGAGUUUAAACUCAACACACUGAAAAGUCAGUUGGAUCAAAGAACAGAAACCCUCCAGAUGACGCAGAUAGCUCUAGAAGAGAAAAGAGCAGCUCUAAUGGCCACAGAGUCUCAGCUUCGUGAUACAGAAGAUAGGUUAUAUACUAACACUAUAGAGGUCCAGGAUACAGCUUCUCAAGAAAUUAGGGUAGGCCUCUAUGAGAACGCCAUUUUGACUCGAGAGAAUUCCAAUUUUAGUCGUAGACUCACAGAAUACCAAAGACUUCUGGAUAAGGAGAAGGAUAUCAGAGAGAAUAUAGAUAUACAACAGAGAGAGAAUAUCAGUGAGUUAAUAACACUUCGUGAUAGAGAGAAACAACUUGAUCUACAGAUGACACAAACACAAUCUGAGAUCCAACGAGAGAAAGAACGUUGUCAGAAUUAUCUCGAACAGCUAACCAAACAAGAGAAUUUAUCAAGAACCAUGGAGUCCGAACUGAGCAGCACCAAACUUCGUCUAGCAGAGAUCGAAAGCAUGCACCAAGUUUCAGAAACAGAAAACGGUCAGCUGCGUAAAGAUAAAAUUCUCUUAGUUGAUCAUGUGGCUGAACUGCAGAGAAAGAUUGAAACAAAAGAUCAUGAACUCAUCAGUCUCCAGUCUGAAAUUUCCUCCCUUGAAUCCAGACUUCAUGAUCUCGACUACCAGAAGAAUCUAGAAAGCACCGUCCACAGUCAGAAGUGGCAGGAGUUCGGACGCUUGGCUGAAAGCAUGAGAACUUUGUCUAGCACCAUGGCACGCUCAACAUCUCCUACACACAGUACUUCAAAACUUUUACAGUAUUGA